AUGCCGGGCUCACGGCGUGGCUGGGGGGAGGAUGACCAGGAAAAAUGCUACUGGAACCUGGCGGAGAAGCAGAGCCGCGGCAAGACUGGGCUCGGCUUCAGCAGCAGCAGCAGCAGCAGCAGCAGCAGCAGCAAGGACUCUUUAUCUAGCAUGUUCGUAAAGAGUGUCCAGAAAGUCUUUGUAUCUG